AUGUUCGCUUUCGGGAGCCGCGCUGCUGCAGCAGCAGCUGGAAUUGCAGCAGCAGCAGCAGGGGCAGCAGCAGCAGCUGCUGCUGCCCCUGCUGCUGCAGUAGGUGAUGCUGUACCAGAUGCUGCAGGUGAUGCUGCUGGUGAUGCAGGUGUUGCAGCAGCAGGUGUUGCAGCAGGUGCUGCUGUUGUGUUAACAGCAGCAGCAGCAGGAGCAGCAGCAGCAGGAGCAGGAGCAGCAGGAGCAGCAGCAGCAGGAGCAGCAGCAGCACUUGGUGCUGCUGCUGUACGCAGCAGACCUGCUGCUGCUGCUAUUGCUCUUGCACUGCGCGGCCUUUCGUUGUCACCCCAAUGCAUCCCUGAGGAUGACGAGGGAGCAGCAGCAGCAGGUGCAGCAGGAGGUGCAGCAGCAGCAGCAGCAGCAGCACGAGCUGGAGGAGGAAGAGGAGGAGGAGGAGGAGCAGCAGUUUGCUGCAUGGGAGCUUGGACAGUUUUAGGUGUAAACGGGGGACAAAAGGAGACAGAAGAAGAUAAAUAA